AUGGACGCACGACCACAACGUCCCUUGCGAGCUCUUCGUGUUCAAGGCGACGAGAAUAUUGCUCCUUCCUCCAAACCGACACUUCACCAGCGCCACAAGUCGACCGGUACACUCUCCAACAUGCUGGCUAUAGGAGGACUCAAGGCUGCGGCCAAGAGAACCGCCUUUGGAGAUGUGAGCAAUACAGCGAAGAGCCUGGCUACGAUUCAUGAUGAUUCUGUCCUGUCUGGGAAAUCAGUUCAUUCGGACUUCGUCAAGCCGCUUGUGCAACAAGACAAGCCCGCAGCAUUUCUUCGCCCUGCCCAAAGGCCUCUUAAUGUCGCGCCAAUCAAAGGCCCUUUAAACAUCAUCUCGUCGACUACGUCCGAACCAGUCUCAGUACCUGCCGCAUCCAAAGCAUCAGUCGCAGAGCCACGCCAACAAAAUACACAAUUACCUCCCCUCAAGCGCACACAGUCCAAGAAGCUCACAACGAUCUAUAAGGAUUCUAGUGCAGAGAAUGAACAACCAUCAAAACCCUCCGUCAACCUAAACACCAGGCCAGAGGUAGCCCCUAUUCCUCCUGUCCACCAAGCCCUUGAACCUCGCCAGCACAAAAGUCAACCACAGCUUAAACCAGACCCGCAACCGGUCCUUCGCAAGACUCAGAGCAAGUACUUCGAUGCUCAGCCACUACCUCAAGAGCCCGAGAAAUUCAGUCCAAGUGAGGCGGUCUACGAGAAUGCAAGACAGGAUCAAUCUACCACAUCGGACGAUGCAUACGAGUCGUAUGAUAGAAUAGUAAAUCAGGGACAAGAGGAAGAAUCUGUUGACACUGCACAAGAGAUACCGGAUAAGCAGCAUAGACAGGUACCAGCGCCAUCUGUUUCCGAGACAGAAGAAUAUUGGGAGGACGAAGAGGAGGAGAUCUACGACGAGCAGGGGUAUACCACAGCACACUCCUACCGAUCAAAAGGCGACAACACCACUGGAGGCGCAACUACGGUUCUCUUUCCCAAAGUCACCAACAAGGCAAAGAAGGAGAUUGCUGCUGCUACGGAAGUCUUCUUGAGCACUCGCACACAAGAGGACAUUGAAGAAGACGAAUGGGAUACUAGCAUGGUGACCGAGUACGGGGAUGAGAUCUUUGCUUACAUGCGAGAGCUUGAGAUCAAGAUGCUCCCUAAUGCACACUACAUGGACAACCAGGCCGAGAUUCAGUGGUCAAUGCGAUCUGUCCUUAUGGAUUGGCUGAUUCAAGUUCACCAUCGCUUCUCCCUUCUCCCAGAGACCCUCUUCCUUUGCGUCAACUAUAUCGAUCGCUUUCUCUCUUGCAAGAUCGUCUCUCUCGGCAAACUUCAAUUGGUCGGUGCUACAGCUAUCUUCGUUGCCGCUAAGUAUGAGGAGAUCAACUGCCCAUCUGUCAGCGAGAUUGUGUACAUGGUUGACGGCGGUUACACGGUAGAUGAGAUCCUCAAGGCAGAACGUUUUAUGCUUAGCAUGCUUUCGUUCGAACUUGGAUGGCCUGGACCCAUGAGCUUCCUGAGACGCAUAAGCAAGGCGGAUGAGUAUGACUUGGAGACUAGAACUCUGGCGAAGUACUUCCUUGAAGUGACUGUCAUGGAUGAGCGAUUCGUAGGAAGCCCUCCCAGCUAUAUUGCUGCAGGUGCCCACUGCCUUUCUCGUUGGAUGUUGAAGAAGGGUGACUGGACUCCUGCCCACAUCUACUACUCAGGGUACACUUGGGACCAGUUGAGACCCUUGGUAUCAAUGAUGAUGGAAUGUUGUGAGCAUCCUCUGAAGCACCAUGCUGCGGUCUUUGAAAAAUACUCGGAUCGUCGGUACAAAAAAGCGUCAACAUUCGUCAAAAAUGAGAUGGACAAGGGUUUCGUUCUUCCAUCAAUCCAGAUCUCCAACUUUAGACCAUCCCUCCCAUCCCUUGAGGAUGUUGCCGCUCAGAUGCCUUUUGAAACGCGAGAUUCCUUCAAGCGCAUGGUCCAAGUCAAGGGCUAG